GUGCUGGAUGUUAGAGGGGACAAACGAAAGUUGCGUCUACCAUUACCACCAUCCGCUGCAACACACACACUUUCUACUUGUAUUUAAUCUUGUGUGGCUGUAUUAGUAAGCUGGUUACCUGUUUAUACCUGUCCUGCCUUGCGUUGAGUUUGCUUCACCGGCAGCCCGCAGAUUAGUGCGCAUCGCGAGCGCGUCGUGACGUCUGGUCUUUCGCGCGAUCGAUACGCGACAGCCCACACACGCCGUCGGAGGCGGCAGUACGCCCGCCGCCGCCAACCAGCACCAGCUAGCAGUGUAGUCGUCGCCGCCAGCAUGGAGGCGCACCAUCUGUGCAUCGUCGCCGUCCUCAUCGCCGCCGCGCUUUUGCUGCGCGAGGCGGACGCGUACGACGUGAAGAAAUUCGCGGUCUUCAUGCCGCACAUCAAUCCGUUUCGGGAGGAAUUAUAUCUAUGCACACCAGUGAAAAUUGUACAAGACAAAAGUUUCUACAUAGUGGGAUUUGAACCGAACGCAACCAUGAAUCGCGUGCACCAUAUGAUUUUGUUUGGCUGUUCAGAACCAGGCACACAUGAACCUUACUGGGACUGUGGUGAAAUGGCUGGACCAACGCACAGCAGUAACUUGAGAACUGGAAACCCAUGCAGACAAGGCUCACAUGUUUUGUACGCAUGGGCGAGAAACGCCGAAGCAUUGAGUCUUCCAGAGGAUGUUGGCUUCCAAAUUGGAGCGAAUACAGAAAUUGCUUACCUUGUUCUUCAGCUCCACUAUGCACACAAAUUCCCCGAGGAUGUAAUCGAUAGUUCCGGAGUUAAUCUUAUCUACACCGAAACGCCACAACCAAAGUUAGCUGGAGUUCUUCUUUUGGCCAGUGGCGGAACAAUUCCCGCUCACCGUGUUACCUACAUGGAAUCCGACUGCACGAUUGAAGAAGAUAAAAUUAUUUAUCCAUUCGCCUAUAGGACUCACACGCACACGCUGGGUAAAGUUGUGAGCGGAUACCGAGUGCGCCAAGAUGAAAACGGCGAACAAUGGUCGCUCAUAGGCAAACGUGACCCGCUGACGCCACAAAUGUUUUAUCCUACAAAUACGACGACUCCUAUCCUAAAGGGCGACAUUAUGGUAGCCAGGUGUACGAUGGAGAGUGACAGGGACACCGAUACCCGUGUUGGGCCAACAAACAAAGACGAAAUGUGCAAUUUCUACAUUAUGUAUUACGUGGAUGAAGGUAAACCAUUAAACAAACGAUUCUGCUGGAGGGAGGGUCCUCCAUACACGUCCUGGGCGUCGAAUCACAACUUCCUCAACGUCCCUGAAGACGCGUCCAGCUUGUAAACAAUCGAAGAAACGACCAAUCCAACUAAUAUCACUUCAAAACACCCAACAAAGUUUAUUUCAAAAUUGGUCAAAACUAUAUUUGUUGAGUAAUCGGAAAUUUUAUCAAUUUUUAACUUCAAAACACAGAUUUUAUGAGAUUUGACAGAGUUUAUUCUAGAGUAGAAGUGGAAGAUGUAUUUUUCUAACAGUGAAAUGAGCUGAGAGGCACAAAAAGAUAUCUAUUUGUAUUAUUUUUCCAGAUCGGUGUAAUUAUUAAUGAAUUUAUUGAUUAAUCAGAGUACUAGUCUUACUUGUAAGUCUAUAUAAUUGUAAACAACCAACUAUCAACUAAUCUCAGUGACUAGCAUCAAAUUACAGCCCGAAGAUGAUCACUUCCGGUGUAUUUUUGACAGUUGGCUGAAACUAUCAAAUCUAUCAAAACAAAAUCUAAUGUAUCAAUCGAUGACAAAGAGUUGAAGCAAAAUGAGACUGAUUUACACAGUGAAUCUCAAUUUCGCAGGCCAAGUAAAUCUCACUAUCAAUUAUCUCGAAUGUACUAUUAACUUGUCAAAUAUAAUGAACUCAAAACACUGUAAUCAAUGUGACGUCAUAUCCUAUCGAAAGACACAAGCUUUUGACAUUGUAUCAUUGUGUGUGUGAAUGAGAGAUGAGCUUCUGGCACUUGACCUUUGGAAUUGUAAUGAAAUGGAGACUAUGUACAAAAUAUAUAUCUAUAUGACUUUUAAUUUCUUGGGAUACCAGCUAGAUGAGAAUUGAAUUAUACUUUUCUUUGUUUAUGAAUGGUUAUCAUUUGAAUGUUUGUGAUUAUGUUGUAGAUAGGUUUUAAAUAUGUGAAGAUGAAACCAAAAAUAACAACAAAGACAUAUUUAGAUGAAUAAACUGUAUUAAUUAUAUGUUCAAUGCAAA